UAGGUUAGAUAUAUCCAUUGAGUUAAGUAAAUGUAUUAUUUUUGGCAUGAGAAAGAAUAUAAAUAUCCAAUUGUAGUCAUUUUGAUUAACCGGUAUUUAAAAACAAGAUUUUAGUUAUCUUCAUGGUUUUGUGGAAAUAAACUACUAACAUAAUUUUCUUUUUCACAUCUAAUUAAAAAUCUCUGCUUAAUUUUUCUUUAACAAAUAUUAAUUCUCAAGGGAGAAUAAGAGGUGAAAGUGGUGGGAAACAGUUUUCAAACAUGAUUAGAAAAUGGCUAAAAACAAGGAACCUCCACAUAGCUUUUUUUCCUUCUCAGCAGCACCAUGAAAUGAAACACAACACAGUUGAACAAGGAAGGAGCAGAAACGGUUCCACUUUCCUAAACUCAAUGCUUUCUUCCUCACAUUACUUCCUUUUCUUCUGCAUUCUAGUCUCCAUCUCCGACACAGAUGGAACAGAACUCAUAGUGGCGAACAACUGCAAAGAAAGUGUAUGGCCCGCAAUUCUCGGCAAUGGAGGACACCCUUCACCAAAACAUGGCGGGUUUUAUCUUGGAAGCGGCGAAGAGGUUGUUGUCCAAGUCCCUGAAGGUUGGUCAGGGAGAAUCUGGGGCAGACAAGGGUGUUACUUCGACCAACAAACAGGCAAAGGUUAUUGUCAAACAGGAGAUUGUGGAGGGCUAUUGCAAUGCAAUGGUAUCGGUGGAGUCCCUCCUGCAACCCUAGUAGAAAUGACCCUUGGAACCUCAAAAUCAGCGUUGCAUUUCUAUGAUGUUAGUUUGGCUGAUGGGUUUAACCUUCCAGUGUCAAUGAAGCCAGUGAGUGGUAGUGGUGCAGGUUGUGGUGUUGCUGGCUGUGAAGCUAACUUGAACGUUUAUUGCCCUUCAGCUUUGGUUGUGGAGAGAAAUGGGAAGGUUGUGGGGUGCAAGAGUGCUUGUUUGGCAGCAAAGUCAGAUAGGUAUUGCUGCACUGGUGAGUUUGCUGGAAGAUGCAAGCCAACUGUGUUUGCUCGUCUCUUCAAGACCGUUUGCCCUAAUGCUUAUAGCUAUGCUUUUGAUGAUUCAUCAGUCCUCAAGACUUGUGUGGCACCUCGCUAUGUCAUUACAUUUUGCCCUCCACAUUGAUCAUUUCUCUGUGCUGUUUUCACUCUUUUCUUCUUCUUCAUUCAGUCUAAACUGUUGUUUCUCUUAGUUUUGCAAUUUGCAAGUUUCAUUUA